GAGAGAGAAGAUAUAAGGAGCUGCUUAAAGCAACUUUUGUGCUGCUAAAGGCAACUCAAUCUAAAGGGGUCUGGGGGCAAGCCUCCCCAGAAAAUUAAAACAAUAUUAUAACUUACAGUUGCUAUACAAGUCAAGUAUGUAUAGCACCCCCGGCUACGACGCCUCUAAUCAAAAUACUUCAAGCGGAAAAAGUCAACAAAUACCCGCUUAAAGCAUGAUUUUUAGGUGUUUUGUCAAAGAGGCUGACCUCGGGAGGAAAUUCAAUCAUACCUGAAGGACAACUGAAAGAUCUCAAGUGACAAACAAUAAAAGGCAGAGACUGGAAUAGCAUCUCAAAAUGGCUGAAGAGGACACUUCUCCUAUUGCAGCUUUUUAUCAAGAUCGUGCUGUUCUUAUUACAGGAGCAACGGGUUUUAUGGGAAAGGUAUUGGUGGAAAAAUUACUUCGAUGUUGUGGUGGAAUAAAAACUAUUUAUGUUUUGUUGCGAUCCAAAGGAGGACAAAAGCCACGAGAACGGCUGGAAGAACUACUUAAUGCCAAAAUUUUCGAUGAUAUCAGAAAAAAUCAACCACACCAGCUGUCGAAGCUGGUCCCUAUCCAUGGAGACAUAACUCUUCCUGGUCUAGGUAUAUGUCCUUCAGAUGUGACACUUCUUGCAGGUGAUGUUUCUGUAGUUUUUCAUUCAGCAGCCACUGUCAAGUUUGAUGAACCUCUUAAAUGCUCAGUUGAAAUGAAUAUUUUAGGCACACGGAGACUUGUAGAACUCUGUCACAAGAUACCCCACCUGGUGGCAUUAAUUCAUGUUUCUACGGCCUAUUGUAACUGUGACAGAGAUGAAGUAGAUGAAAUAGUUUACCCACCUCCAGCAAACCCUCAGAAAGUUAUCGAUGCUUUAGAGUGGAUGGAUGAAGAUAUGAUAGCAUCAAUCACUCCAAAACUUUUGGGAGAUCGUCCUAAUACUUACACUUACACUAAAGCUCUUGCUGAAAAUCUUCUUGUGGAGGAGUGUGGAAGUUUACCUGUGGCUAUUGUUCGACCAUCUAUAGUUGCAGCAGCAUGGAAAGAACCUCUCCCAGGCUGGAUUGAUAAUUUCAAUGGACCUACAGGUCUUAUUGUAGCGACUGGAAAGGGUGUGUUAAGAUCAAUGUUGUGUCGGCCAUGCGGGACUGCUGAUAUCAUACCAGUUGAUGUGGUUAUUAAACUUAUAAUUAGUGUUGCAUGGUAUACAGCGACACAGAGACCAAAUAACAUCAUGAUUUACAACUGUACUUCUGGCUCCCAGAACCGGCUGUCGUGGAGAGAAGUUGAGUCCACUGUCUUUUCUUUAGUAAACACACACCCGAGCAGAGAAGUCUUAAGGUACCCUGGAGGUAGUUUCAAGAGCAAUCGACUCUGGAACCAGAUCUAUGUAUUUAUUCACCACCAGAUCCCAGCUCACUUGCUUGACUUUGCGGCCCGACUGAUGGGCCGAAAACCAAGUCCAGGACUAGAAAGAAUGGUGCAGCUGUAUUCUCGUCUCAAUCGAGCUAUAAACUGUUUAGAGUAUUUUACAACUCAUGAAUGGGUGUUUCACAAUAGCAAUGUUCAGACUUUGUAUAAACAACUAGUUGGAAAGGACAAAGAAACAUUUGACUUUUCUAUUAAAAACCUUGACUGGCCAAAAUACUUUGAAGACUAUGUACUGGGAUCUAGAAAAUACCUAUUAAAAGAGGAUCCAUCCACACUUCCAGCUGCUAGAAGAAGUCUUAGAAGGUUGUAUGUCAUUAGUCAGCUAGUUAACUUCAUUUUUCUCUUGGGGCUUUGGAGGAUUCUUAUAAUGCGGUCAGCUGCUGCUAGACGCCUCUGGUGGUUCUUCCUAUCAACAGUAGUCCGGAGUUACAGGCUGCUUCCUUCCUUCUUGACUUAGUGAAGACUUAUAAGUCAAGGGAUUUUUUUUCUUAACUCGUCAUUUAAAAUAAGACUUGGAAGCAAGCACCUAUGUGUGCCAACUCUUUUGGAUAAGAUAGAUUUUAGUAGCGGAAACUAACAAGGUGUAAACAAUUUCUUUCAUGAAAUUAAGAUAAAACUAUUUUAUUGUAAUGUAUUAUGUAAUUUCUGCAUAUAUGUGUAUAUAUAUAUUUGGAUUUCUAUUUGAUUGGCAAGUUCAUAAUGGUAUAAAAAAUCUGUUAACUCAUUUUUCAUAUUUAUUUUUGACCAUUGCUAAUAUGAAUAAUUGGAGCCAGCUUUUAAAAAAUUGUUUGUGUUCAGCUCAAAAGUUGUAGAUAGAUCGUUACCACUAAAUAUGCAACAUUAACAGACUUAUAUGUAAUGAUUAAAUUACUAAGCAGGUAAUUAGCGAGUAGGUGAGUUCUAAGGGCUACUUGUUUUUGUAAGUCUAAUAUCAGUUACAAGUUACCUAAAACCAUAAUAACUAAAGUAACUAUGAGAGAACCUUGUAACUUUCUAAAGAUUUUAAAUUGUUACAGAUCUCAAUUCAUUACAAAAGGAAAAAAAAAAUAUCACACUUUUAAAGUAACAUUUUAUUUGCUCCAACUAUCAUCGUCAUAAACUUGUAAUAGACUGUUUGUAUUUCUUGGAAUCAACUUCUUGAAAAUGUCACAAUUUUGAAAACACUUGAAAAAUGUUUUGUGAAAGUUGUCGGUUUAGACACUUUUUUUAACAAAUUGUAAGAUUUUUCAUGGACACACCAUUGUUUGUAGUGUGUUUCAUCAGUAUAGGAUAGUGUUUCCUUCUUUGGGUUUGGAAUAUAUUUCAUAGAACCCAUCAGUCUAGAGUGACUCUCUUGCAAGGUUGAAAUAUUUUACAUGAAAUUCAUAAGUCUGGAAAGUGAUGUUUAAUGUAUAUGUUUUAGUUGUAUCACAAGUUAACCAAAGAUUUAUAUAUUUCAUUUGAUUUCUAGAUAUUCUAAAUCACUAGCUUUUUUUUUCUAAUGGAUAUAAUGUUGAAAUAUUUAAUCUUUAAAAAUUUAUCACAAUAUGAAAGACUGCACAUUUACUAAUAAAGUGACUGGACUUUCCACAACUAACUAAAAAAAAAGUCAUCUUGAUAUGAAACUAUGAAUCACUUUCCAAAUAGAACUGUCACAUGCAUCAGUUUGAAAGUUCAGUAAAAGAAAAAAAAACAAGUUGAGUAUCUGUUUCCCAGUUUCAGAGUGGUAUUGCACUGUUAAAUAGGAAACUAUUAUUGUGAUUAUAAUGAGAAUCAAGAAGUGUUGAGAGUACAGGACUUUAUCCAUCAACCAGCUGGAGAUCACACAGUAGUAUCAAGUGGUCCAAUUGAUUGUUAUUAAAUUACUGUGUUUGGCUGUCAUGUUUUUCACAUGUUGAGAUAAACACUACUUUUCAUUAACGACUUUAUUCUCAAUAAUUGUAAAUUAAAGUAGAUGAAAAGAUGAUAAUAUCCUACAUUUAAUAUGAACAAAAACAUUUUAUCAAACAUGUUUUCCCUUUGUUGCUGACGUUACUAUUACAGUUGAUAAGCUUAGAUUACUUUUGUAUGUUAAAGUGUAUUUAUUCUAAGUAACCAUUUUUGUUCUUAUGCUCUUUCAAUAAGAAUUUUAGCUUUUGAUAUGAUAAAUACAGCUACAUAUGUAUGCAAAUUUCUCAGCUAUCGACUUUAUUUUUUAAUAAAUAUGUUUUGACUUCUAA